GCGCCGCUCCGACGAGGCCUGCUGCAAUUAAUAUUCAUAAGGAGCCUCCGAAGUGGAGGCCGGGCCGGGUGGGAGGGAGGAGGAGGAGGAGGCGGUGGCUGCUUGCUCGCUCGCUUGCUGCUGCUCCUGAUCCUCCCCCCACCCUCCAGUCCCUAAUGGCGCUGGCAGCAGCUGCGCGGCGGCGGCGGCGGGCUUGAGCCGAAUGGAACGCGGCGACAGCGACGGAAUGUUCGCAGUUGCUACAUAAUCGCGCCCCCCCCGCCCCCCGCCCGCCGCUUUGGAACGCGGCGUGUCUCCGCGUUCCACAAUGGAACCUGCGCAGCAACCUCAGCGCGGGAGCAGGGCAGCGGCGGCUGCCCCGACGGCCGGCAAGCGGGAGCGGCCCGGCUACGCGGGCCAGGCCGGCACCGAGGGCCCGCUGAGAAGCGGCGAGGCAGCAGCAGCCGUUGCUGUCGCAGCAGCAGCAGAGGGUGUAGCCGGGGGCGGCCCGCAGCGGCGAAGGAGGCGAGGGGCCGUGGCUGGAGCCGGCGGCGGCGCGGCUUCCCUCACGCUGGCGGCCAACGGGACUCCGGCAGCGGCCGUCCCCAGCAGCGGCGGCGCCAACUCGCUUCUGCUGCGGAGGGGCAGGCUGAAAAGGAACCUCUCGGCCGCCGCCUCCUCGUCGUCGUCGUCGUCGUCUUCCUCCUCGGCCGCCGCCGCCGCCGCUGCCGCCUCGCUGGGCACCCGCAGCCUGGAUCGGAAGGCGCUGCUUCUGCUGCCCAAGCCGCCCCGGCAGCUCCAGCCUCUGCAGCCGCCGGAGCGGGACUGGGUGCGACGGGACCUCCAGCGGGGAUGCGUCCAUGUCUAUACUACCACCACCACCACCAUCACCAGCAGCGAGGGGGCGGCGGCGGCUGACCUGCGGCCGGUGCUUUGCACCUUGGAGACGACGGCGGCCGAGGUGGCGUCGCGGUUGUUACAGCUCGGGCACCGUGGAGCGGGCAGCAGCGCCGUCCGGGUCUUGGGGAAGGCGGCGGCGGCGGCAGCAACCACCGCAGAGGCGCGCGGCCCCCAUGAAGAAGAAGGGGAGGAAGAGGAGGAAGAAGAGGAGGAGGAUGAAGGAGAAAUGGACGGCGAUUUUGCGGCAGACCCAUCCGCCGAGCCCGGGGGAGCAGAAGAGGCGCUGCCCGGCCCCGCGGAGGCUUCGACUUGCCCAGCUGGCAGCCUGACCCCGAUACCGGCCGGGAGGAGGCCGCGAAACCGUCGGGGGACCCCCAGCGGUUUGGGGGGCGGCGGCGAGGCGGCUCCCCGACCGGGGCGUUUGGCUCUCGGCGGCGGGGAGAACGGCCGCGCAGGUGGGCGCCCCUGCCUGUCGCCCUCCGACUGCAGCCCCGGGCGGGCCUUUCCUCCUCUGCCACCUGCGCAGCUCUACCUAUCGGGCCCGCCGCUCUCCUGCCCGUCCCUCCUGGGGGGCUCGGACACGGAGAGCUUCAGCCCCAGCGCGGAGAGCACCUCGGACCGGCUGGACGCCUACAGCGGCGGCGGCGGCUCCUCGUCUUCGUCGGAGGAGUUAGAGGCGGACCCUCCUCCUCCUGGGCCGGCAACGGCAGAGGGGGAAGGGGCCGGAUCGGGGCCUGGCAGGAGCCGCCGGGCCCGCCUGGGCGGCCUGCCGUCGGCGCACGCGGAGAACCCCCGGGGGGGCAGAGCCGCGGGGGAGUCCCCCGGCGUGGGGAAGGCGCCGGGAGGGGAUCCCUCUUCCGCCGGGGAUGCCGCCGACGCCUCCUCCCCGCGGCAGCCUCCGGCCUUGUACGUGCAGCUGCAUGGGGAGACCGCCCGCCGGCUGGAGCCUCACGAGCAGCCCUUGCAGGUCCAAAACGACUACCUCUCGCAGCUGGGCUUCCGGGACCUGUGGCGGGUGCAGGAGGAGGGCAUGGACUCAGAGACCGGCUGCCUCAUCCGCUUCUAUGCAGGAAAGCCCCACAGCAUUGGCAACUCUGAACGGAUUCAGCUCUCAGGAAUGUACAAUGUUCGAAAAGGGAAAAUGCAUUUGCCGGUCAACAGAUGGACAAGACGCCAAGUUAUCCUUUGUGGGACGUGCCUAAUUGUAUCUUCGGUGAAAGAGAGCCAGACUGGAAAGAUGCAUGUGCUCCCCUUAAUCGGUGGAAAGGUUGAAGAAGUUAAAAAGCACCAGCACUGUUUAGCAUUUAGCUCUUCUGGACCUCAGAGCCAGAGUUACUACAUCUGUUUCGACACUUUCACUGAGUACUUGCGGUGGCUACGGCAAGCUUCAAAGAUUGCAUCGCAGCGAAUAAGCUCAGUGGAUCUCUCAUGUUGCAGCCUGGAGGAUCUCCCUGCCAACCUCUUCUAUAGCCAGGACCUCACUCAUCUCAAUCUGAAGCAAAACUUCCUAAGGCUGAACCCUAGCCCAUCCACAGCCAGGGGACUGAACGAGCUACAAAGGUUCAGUAAGCUGAGGAGCCUUAACCUUUCCAACAAUCAUUUAGGAGAGUUCCCAUUGGCAGUCUGCAGCAUUCCAACCUUGACUGAGCUCAACGUGUCCUGCAAUGCACUCAGAAGUAUUCCAGCGGCCGUCGGUGAUAUGAACAACUUACAGACCUUCUUGUUGGAUGGGAACUUCCUCCAGAGCCUUCCCGCUGAGUUGGAAAGGAUGCCCCAGCUUAACUACCUGGGUCUUUCUUUCAACGAGUUCAGCGGCAUUCCCGAGGUGUUAGAGAAGCUGCCUGCCAUGGACAAACUCUGUAUGUCUGGAAACUGCAUGGAAACGCUCUGCUUGCAGGCGCUGAACAGAAUGCCACACAUCAAACAUGUAGAUCUAAGGUUAAAUGUCAUUAGGAGGUUGGUGGCGGACGGCGCUGAUUUCCUACAUCACGUCACCCAGCUCGAUCUUCGGGACAAUAAACUAGGCGAACUCGACGCCACCAUCUUCAACAACGUUGAAAUACUGCACUGUGAAAGAAACCAGCUGGUCAGCCUCAAAAUCAGCGGAUAUUUGCUUAAAGCUCUUUACGCCACUUCAAAUGAACUUGUUCACCUUGAUGUGUAUCCUGUUCCAAACUAUCUGACUUACAUGGAUGUUUCUAGAAACCACCUUGAGAGCCUUCCUGAAUGGGUCUGCGAUAGCAGGAAGCUGGAAGUUCUGGAUCUGGGCCACAAUCAAAUAUGUGAACUGCCUGCCCGGUUAUUUUGCAAUAUCAGCUUGCGGAAGUUGCUCGCAGGACACAAUCAAUUAGCCAGGCUACCAGAAAGGAUCGAACGGACGCAUGUCGAGGUCUUGGACGUGCAACACAACCUGCUUACAGAGCUGCCAUCUAAUUUGCUGUUGAAAGCUGACAGCUUAAGGUACCUGAACGCUUCUGCCAACAAACUGGAAAUGCUGCCUCCAGCCACUCUUUCGGAAGAGACCCACAGCAUUUUGCAGGAACUGUAUUUGACCAACAAUCACCUCACGGAUAAAUGCGUGCCCUUAUUAACGGGUCACCCGCACCUGAAGAUCUUGCAUAUGGCCUACAACCGCCUGCAGAGCUUUCCCGCAAGUAAAAUGGCCAAACUUGAAGAGCUGGAAGAAAUUGACGUUAGCGGAAACAAACUGAAAUCUAUCCCCACAACCAUUAUGAACUGUCGACGCAUGCAUACUGUGAUUGCACACUCCAAUUGUAUCGAAGUCUUCCCAGAGGUCAUGCAGCUUGGUGAAAUCAAGUGUGUGGACCUGAGCUGUAAUGAGCUGACUGAAGUCACAUUACCUGAAAACUUGCCUCCGAAGCUGCAGGAACUAGACUUGACUGGAAACCCCAGACUUGCCCUGGAUCACAAAACCCUGGAGCUAUUGAAUAACAUCCGUUGUUUCAAGAUUGACCAGCCUUCAGCCGGAGAUGCCUCAGGAGCCCCAGCCGUGUGGAGCCAUGGUUACACGGAAGCCUCGGGAGUUAAGAACAAGCUGUGCGUGGCGGCUCUUUCCGCCAACAACUUCUGCGACAACCGGGAGGCCCUCUAUGGCGUCUUUGACGGGGACCGCAACGUGGAAGUGCCUUACCUCUUGCAGUGUACCAUGAGCGACAUCUUGGCCGAGGAGCUGCAAAAAACAAAGAGCGAAGAGGAGUACAUGAUCAACACUUUCAUCGUAAUGCAGAGGAAACUUGGAACGGCUGGGCAGAAGCUUGGAGGCUCUGCUGUCCUUUGCCAUAUCAAGCAUGACCCGAUAGACCCAGGCGGAUGCUUCACCUUAACCUCUGCCAAUGUGGGGAAGUGCCAAUCUGUUCUCUGCCGGAACGGAAAACCUCUGCCUUUAUCCAGGUCUUACAUGAUGAACUGCGAAGAAGAGUUGAGGAGGAUCAAGCAGCACAAGGCCAUCAUCACAGAAGACGGCAAAGUGAAUGGCGUGACGGACUCGACGAGGAUCUUGGGGUACACCUUCCUUCACCCGAGCGUGGUUCCUCGCCCUCACGUGCAGUCCAUCACGUUGACUCCUCAGGACGAAUUCUUCAUUCUGGGCAGCAAAGGCCUCUGGGACAGCCUUUCCGUCGAAGAAGCCGUGGAAGCCGUCAGGAACGUCCCCGACGCUCUGGGAGCCGCCAAGAAGCUCUGCACGUUGGCCCAGAGCUACGGCUGCAACGACAGCCUCAGCGCUGUGGUGGUCCAGCUCAACGUCACCGAGGACAGCUUCUGCUGCUGCGAGCUCAACGGCGCCCCCCCUCCCAGCCCGGGCAUCUUCCCCCAGUCGGUCAACGUGGUCAUCAAAGACAAGCCUUCGGACGCCCUGGGGAUGCCCUCCUCCAGCAGCGGCAUGGCCUCCGAGAUCAGCAGUGAGAUCUCGACCUCCGAAAUGAGCAGCGAGGUGGGGUCCACGGCCUCCGACGAGCCCCCUCAGGUAACCAUGAACGAGAACAGCCCAGCCUACCCCAGCGAGCAGCGCUGCAUGCUCCACCCAGUCUGCCUCUCCAACUCUUUCCAGAGGCAGCUCUCCAGCGCCACCUUCUCCAGCGCCUUUUCGGACAACGGGCUCGACAGCGACGACGAGGAGCCCAUCGAAGGCGUCUUCUCCAACGGCAGCCGGGUGGAAGUGGAGGUGGACAUCCACUGCGGUCGCGCCAAGGAGAAGCUCCUGCUGCUGCAGGCCCCCGUGGAGGCCAGCGACGAGGGCAUCGUCAUCAGCGCCAACGAAGACGAGACCUGCCUCCUCCGCAAGGCCGACCCUUUGGCCACGGGGACCAUCGGGCGCCGGCGAGGCAAUGGCUCCGUAGCCCCUCAGGAGAGGAGCCACAACCUCAUCGAAGUGGCGGCCGACGCGCCGCUGAGGAAAACUGGGGGGUACUUUGCAGCCCCGGCUCAGCCAGAUCCCGACGAUCAGUUUAUUAUCCCGCCGGAGCUCGAAGAGGAGGUCAAGGAGAUAAUGAAGCAACACCACGAACAACAACAACAGCAGCAGCAGCAGCAGCAACAACAACAACAACAGCAACAACAGCGGCAAUACCAGAUGGACCAGCUGCCAGAUUAUUACGACACGCCGCUAUGACCGAGCUUGACAAAAUAAGCUGACCAGACACUGAGAGCUUGGAGGCUCGUUAGGUUUGUAUUACACUAGCAGGGUAGGGAGGGGAGAGAAAGAGAGAGGGGGGUUUUUUUUGGUUCCAAUUUCUCUUCCAGACACUUCCCCCUCUACUGAGAACUGCAGCUGCUGCUUCUUGUUUGUUAGCUGUAAUAAUCACAGAUUAUUCCCUCCCUUCCCCCUCUCUUCUAGUGAUGCUUCACCAGUUAGAAUUGAACUAGUUUAACUCUUCCCCUUCCUUAACAUAUCAGAUGUAAAAAAAAAAAGCAAAGAAAAAUAAGAAUAAAAGGUUUAAUAUAUUGCAGAGAAAACUGAGAAUGAUGUUGAUGUAAUAUUUUUUAAAAUCGUUCUUUCCCCCCCUCCCUUGGUUUGUUUGGAAAACACAGGGCAGUAUUGCCAGUGCUAAAUGAUUAAGUAAUAUUGUAAUACUGUAUUUCUUUGAGAGAAAAAAAAGGCUUUUUUGGUCUUGAAAAUGGAUAGACAUUUGUAGAAUUAUGGAGACUAACUCCUAGGAGUUGCUUUUACUCUUUCAGGUGACUUUAAGUCACUGAGAUUCACUAAUUUUCUCUGAGAGAACAGCUGAUUGGGAAAUUCCUGUAAAUAACUCAGUGUUGUAUAGUGAUGCUUCAAACGUUUUUUGUAGUCUCGGCAGGAGGACGCAACCUGACGAACUGAUAGUUUGUCUUCCCCAUCCCGAAUUCCCAACCCCACGGGGUGCUUUCGCAUGUAUGUCAAAAGCUCCCUCCGCCGACAUGCGAUACAACCAAGCUUGGAGAGCAGGGAGAUCGUAGGAGCUCUGAGGGUCUCCCAGCAGCGUUAGCUGGUUUGGAGAGCGUUGGCCCAUCGUGUCUAUGGCCACCAUUGGCUGGCUGAGCCAAAGUCACCAACAGUAUGUUUGCUCAUGUGUGGAAUUGCCCCUAAGUGAUUGGUUCUUUGGGCUACGACUCCAUAAUAAAUUUAGCAGGAGUGUAGGAAUUAGGUGGAUGUUGGGCCACAAACACCUGAGUUACUUAAUUAUUAUUUUUUUUGGUCUUCUUCUUCACCAUUAACUCUUUCGCAGGCACAUUUUUGUGUGUGUUCCUCCCUGCUGCCACAACCAGCAUGAUUGUAUAGAGUUCAUUUACUGUAGAUCAUUUACAUACCAAGAGUUAUAUUAAAAGAAGAAUGCACAAAUGAACAUGUCAUAAUUUUUGUUAUAAUAAAUACGAAAAUUUACAAAUA